CUCGAACUACCUCUGCGAAGCCGCAGUUGGAGCGUCACUUCCUGUGAAUCUCUCAUAAAGACGGGCUUGGCGGAUACUCCGCAGGUCGAAUUUUUCUGGUUUGUUUGGUGAAUCCGUCUGCAUCGCAGCCACCAGAACCGCAAACAUGACGGUGGGGAAGAGCAGCAAGAUGCUGCAGCACAUCGACUUUAGGAUGAGGUGCAUCCUGCAGGACGGCCGGAUCUUCAUCGGCACGUUCAAGGCCUUCGACAAACACAUGAACCUGAUCUUGUGUGACUGCGACGAGUUCAGGAAGAUCAAGCCUAAGAACUCAAAGCAGCCUGAGCGUGAGGAGAAGAGGGUUCUGGGUCUGGUUCUGCUGCGCGGGGAGAACCUGGUCUCCAUGACGGUGGAGGGCCCACCCCCUAAAGAUACGGGCAUUGCUCGCGUCCCAUUGGCCGGCGUAGCGGGAGGUCCAGGUGUGGGUCGCGCGGCGGGUCGUGGUGUUCCGGCCGGCGCUCCGAUGCCUCAGGCUCCGGCCGGGCUCGCUGGGCCAGUCAGAGGAGUGGGCGGGCCUUCCCAGCAGGUGAUGACCCCCCAGGGCAGAGGGACGGUUGCUGCGGCAGCAGCAGGCGCCAGCAUUGCCGGCGCCCCAACACAGUACCCCCCUGGCAGAGGAGCCCCGCCCCCGAUGGGCCGAGGAGCCCCACCCCCAGGUAUGAUGGGCCCGCCCCCUGGCAUGAGGCCUCCGAUGGGACCCCCAAUGGGGAUGCCCCCUGGUCGAGGAGCUCCAAUGGGAAUGCCCCCCCCUGGCAUGAGGCCGCCGCCACCCGGCAUGAGAGGACCACCCCCACCCGGGAUGAGACCGCCUCCCCGCCCCUGAAGCCCAUCUUCGGACUGACCUGUUGUAUAGGUUUUUUUGUUUUAAUGUUUUGUGUUUUUUAAAUAAAGUUUUUUCAGGAUGUUUGAA